GGGAGAAGCACUUUCAAGUGUUUUAUAAGGAAACACAAUGCUUGUAUUUUCAAUUGAAAUUUCAACAUGUUUGUAGCAAAAGCGUUUACGAGCAAAGGUGCUUUGUACAUACAUAGAAACAAGUGGACCCUUAUGAUCAAGAAUUGAGUGUAGGGAUGAAAACAAAACAAAACCCAGCAUUUGCAUUUUCAGUGCUUUUUUCCUGUUUUUCCUUUAACUUUUUACCCAAGGCACUGCACUGAAGCAGCUCCCGCCAUUUUUGAGAAUCAUGGUUAAAAAAAAAAUCUGUGGGAACAAAAGAGUGCUUAGUCAACAAGGCAACGCGUUGAUUUGAAACUUGAAAGUAAUAGCACUCUAAUUUGUGGACAAGUAAUUAGCUACGCGUCAACGCAAACCAGUCAACUGAAUGAUAAACUAACCUGUUCUUUUCUGUUUCAACUUUCCAUACAACUGUAGGCUGGAAGAAGAUGCAUCUCUCUCUUCCUUUUCGUUUCAUCCCCACCUUGGUGGUUGCAACGGCAGUUGCAUUAGCGGUGGCGACGGUAUCAUCCCAGUCGCAGCAGCCAUGGUCACUAGAACUGGAAGCCCGGGCUCUGCUUGCCAGCGGGUGGUGGAGUGGCUACACCAACCAUCUCUGCGAGUGGCCCGGCAUUACUUGCAACACUGCCGGAAGCAUCACGGAGAUUUCGCUGCCACCUGAUCUCCAGUUGGGGGACGAUGGCAAUUUUGGAAAAUUCAACUUCUCUUGCUUUCCAAACAUUGUUCGUCUUCGGCUUCAUGCAAGAGGACUCAAGGGCAGCAUUCCAUCUGAAAUAGGUACUCUUUCCAAGCUCAACUACCUUGACCUUUCUUACAAUCAAAUUACUGGUUAUAUCCCUUCAAGUCUUUGGAACUUGAAAAACUUGGUCACCCUGCAACUAUCAGCAAACAGGCUCACUGGUCCAAUUCCCGCCACCAUUGGCCGUUUAACUAGUUUGAAAUCUCUGUCCCUCGAAUGGAACCAGAUCAACGGUUCCAUCCCUUUCGAAAUAGGGGAUUUGAACAACUUGGAACAUUUGGAUUUUAGUGCUAACAGUCUCACCGGUUCAAUUCCUCCGUCUCUAAGUCAUCUAGUCAAGCUCAAGGCACUAAACCUGUCCAUGAACAAGAUAUCCGGAGUCAUACCUCAUGAGCUUUCUCAGUUAACACAAUUACAGUAUCUUGUUCUUUCGUCAAACCAAAUUUCGGGUAACAUAAUACCUGAAAUCGGAUCACUUUUCAAUCUUUUGGUUCUAGACCUUUCCAGUAACAGUCUAAUAGGAUCGAUCCCAACUGAUCUUGGGAAUUGCUCGAAGUUACAACUCUUGUUAUUGAGCCGCAACUUUUUAACUGGGAGUAUUCCCGCUCGGAUUGGUUACCUCUCUGCACUGACUAGUAUUGACCUCAGCCAUAACUCACUACGAGGAAAAGUACCUUCUGAGCUUGGGAGCCUGAGGAAUUCGUUGGAAUAUUUAGACCUCAGCCACAAUAAACUCACUGGUACCAUUCCCCCUUCUUUCAAUUUGUUGCACAGAGCUCGUCGACUCAGUUUGUCAAACAAUUCCUUGAAGGGUCAUAUCCCAACUGAUCUCCAGCAUUCGUUUCCACCUGAUGUAUUUGUCAGCGGCAACAAUGAUUCAUUUGGUGACUCGAUAGGAACCAGGUCCAGCAGCAAGAACUUGGUCCUCGUGAAAAUCUUGGUUCCCGGAAUUCUUUUAGCUUUCCUCAUUCUUGGUUAUUUUGUUUUUCCUCGAUGUUUAUUACUUCGGAAAAACAAGUCCGGUGGAGUAACAAAGAACGGAGAUUUAUUCUCGAUAUGGAACUUUGAUGGAAAAAUCGCAUACAAGGAUAUCACGAAAGCAACAGAGGACUUUGACAUAAAAUACUGUAUUGGGAGCGGAGCUUAUGGCAGUGUUUACAAAGCACAGCUACCAAGCGGAAAAGUAGUAGCCUUGAAGAAGCUCCACCACUGGGAAGCUGGGGAACCAGCUCUCUUCAAGAGUUUCAAGAAUGAAGCAAGAAUGCUGUCAAAAAUCCGACAUCGAAACAUUGUGAAGCUUCUUGGGUUUUGCUUGCACAGGCGUUGUAUGUUCUUGGUGUAUGAAUACAAGGAAAGGGGAAGCUUGUUCAGUGUUCUGGGCAAUGAUGUUGAAGCUGCAGAUUUGGAUUGGACCAAGAGGUUACAUAUCAUCGAAGGCGUAGCGCAUGCGUUGUCAUACAUGCAUCACAACUGCACCCUACCGAUCAUUCACCGAAGCGUGAGUAGCAGCAAUGUUCUUCUCAACUCGGACAUGGUGGCUUCUUUAUCCGACUUUGGCACAGCACGGCUCUUAUAUCCUCAUUUGCGUAAUCGAACAAUAAUACUUGCCGGCACUCCGGUAUACAUUGCACCAGAACUUGCACACACAUUUGCCGUGACUGAAAAAUGCGAUGUUUAUGGUUUUGGAGUGCUCACUCUGGAAAUAAUCAUGGGAAGACAUCCAGGAGAACUUCUUUCCUUGAUCUCCGCAUCUUCCUCACAGUCCUCAAAGUCGCCAUCGCUUCUACAAAUGACGUUGGAAGAUGUAUUGGAUCCACGGCUCUCUCCUCCCAGCAAUCGACAAACAGCUUCUGGUGUGGUUAUGGUUAUGACAUUGGCGUUGGGAUGCUUGCGCACCAAACCAAAAUCUCGUCCAACGAUGGAACAAGUAACGAAGGAGCUUCUUGUUCGUAGACCUCAGUUGCCCAAGCCUCUUGAUUCGAUUUCGCUACAGGAACUUACGAACCAAGAAAUUUAUCAGGUGGAAAAGAAAUAGGAGAACCGUGUGUAAUUCACUUCGCACCGUUGAGCAAUCCAUCGAAAAACAACACUCUUUCAUUCAUUCGCAGAUAGAACCCGAAGACUUUAUUUAUUUGUACUUGCAAUUUAGUAAACAAAGUAAUGCCGUCGUUUUUACAUCGUCUCA